CACCUUGCGCUCAGUGCGGUAGCGGCUAGUGCUGAGCGGGCCAAGGUGUCGCGUAAGAAUGCCCACAGUAACCGCGCGCCUAUCUCGUCCACUAGGAAGUUGUACACCCCACCGGCUCGGGGAAGGUUGCCCGUCAGUUCGACGGCUGCCCGCUGCUGGUCACGCAGCGCGGCCGCGAAGGCAGACACCCGAUCGAGCCCAACACAGGCAAGAUGCAGUUUUGGCAGAAAAUAGGCACUCUCCGCGAUGGUGAUUGUACCUUGCUCUUGAAGGGCUGGUUCAAUGACGAGGAGGAGUUUGUGCUCUCGCUCCUGUUGCACAGCUACGCUCACGAUGGGCUUGACGCCAUCAUGAGGGCCAAGAAGGGCGAGGAAGUGGCCUCGCUUGUGCGUGACCUGAGAGCCCUCCCCGUCACCAACACUGUCGAUCCUGCCGCGGAAAUAGCUGCCCGCGAGCCGUCCAACGGCAUCUUUGCGCGGUCAAUCACUCCGGCUGCUCUCGCGCGGCGGGCCAGGAACUCGCUCAAUCACCUGCCCGCUCCCGGGUCCAACAAGGCCGAUCCCAUCGCCGUCGGCAAUGUGAUAUUUCCCAAAAGAUACCCUAGUGCCGACGACCUUCGCUUGUUUAAUGCCGAUCUCUCUCUUUCCCGCGCCCGUGUCCUUGCCGUUGCCGAGCUCCGCGCCCAGGCCGCCGACGCCUACGGCUUUGUGCUCGUCGAUCCGCCGCUGCAGAGCUCCGAGCUCAAGCCUGUCGACAUCACCGCCACUUUCAAGAACCGCAAGUUCACCGUCGAUGUUUCCGCUGAGGCUGGCCGCCAUGUUCUCAACGGUCGCGCCUAUCUCUUCCGCAUCUACCUUGGUGGCGACGAACUCGGCGUGUGGUGGCUCGAGCCUUCCGAAGUCAAGCAAGCUGUUGCCGAAAUCAUCCACGCCCUGCGCAAGGACCACGAGGUCGGCAUGGAGCACCUCCAUGCGCCAUUCUAUGCCUGUACCUCGCCGCACUCGGGGAGCGCGGUGUCCGCCGUCGCACCGUCGGUCGAGGAGCUCAAUCACCGCCUCCUCGUCAUGCGCUAUACCAGCCGCUCCUCGCCGCGCUGUCCGCGAUCGAAGGUCAUGAACAACGCUCUUUACAACGGGAACUCGGUCAAGGUCGUGCGCUGUGACUCGAUUCGCCGCGGCGCCAACGAGCUGCUCAUGAUCAUGUCCGCUGGCCAGUCGCUCUUAUGCGAGUGGUGCACCGCCGAGGAGUCGAUUGCUCUUUUCCACCAAAUUGUCCUCAAGCGCAUCAAUGAGAUCAACACCGCCCACGAUGUUUCGUCGCCACCCCUCAAGCCCGACCCCGCUGCCUUUGACCGCAACAAUGGUCGCCCCGGCGUCGUCGUCGUAACCGAUGACGCCCUUGGUGCCUGUCGCGUUGCGCCACACAUCGUUACUCGCUUCCGUGUCGUCUGGGCUACAGACGAGCCCGAGUCUGUUGGCAUCGGCUGGUGGAGCUCGACCGAACUCAAGCUCGGCCUCGCCCGCAAGUCCCCGCCAAGCGACUCGGCCUCGACAUCGGCCACGCCCGGCCACACUCGCAAGCGCCGGCGCCCGGCCUCAAACAUGUCGGCACACGUUGGUCUUCUCGUUUUCGUCCUCGCGUCCACGCUGCUGCUAGCAAGCACUUCAACCGACGCCGCGACCGUUCUGGUGAGCACCACCAGCGAGCUGACCAAUGCCAUCAACAAUGUUGCGGCGGGGGAUACCAUCCAGCUUGCUGCUGGUGCCACCUUUGCGUACUCUGGUGUGACUCGGCUGACCUGCGACGCUGACGGCACCGCCGCCAACCCCAUCACUGUCCAGGGCCUACCCGGCUCGACCAUGACCUGGACCCACUCCUCCAACUACGUCGAGGGUUUUGUGGUCACUGGCAAGCACUGGAUUUUCGAGGACCUCGACAUCACUGGCACCUGCUCUAACCACAACUACUGCGAGCACGCGUUCCAUGUCCAGGGCGACGCUGACUUUUUCGUCAUGCGCCGUUGCGUCAUCAAGAACUUCAACGCCCAGAUCAAGUCGAACAUCGGGGGUGGCCAGUUCCCUGACGAUUGUCUCCUCGAGCACAACGAGUUCUACAACACCGGCGGGCGCCAGACCUCAGCGCCGGUCACCCCGGCCAACAUCGACGGUGGCGAGCGGUGGAUUGUCCGCAACAACUACUUCCACGAUGCGUGGAAGGACGGCGGCAACACCAUCUCGUACCAGACGUUCAUGAAGUCCAACGGCGCCGACGGCAUCUACGAGGGCAACCUCAUCGCCUGCUCGGUCCUCCACUCGGGUGGCGUCCGCAUCGGCAUGUCGUUUGGCGGCGGCGGCACGUCGCCAGACUCGGUGUGCGGGCAGGGGACGUGCAACCCGGAGCACCGCCGCGGCAUCAUGCGCGACAACGUGAUCAUCAACUGA